AUGAUCAAAGAUGGCGGGCACCUCCGACCCACUGGAAGAUAUGCUAUUUUCUGAGGUGGAUGAAAAAGCUGUGAGCGAUUUAGUGGGCUCUUUGGAGUCACAACUUGUUGGACGAAGCAACCCUGCAAAUACUCAGUCUGAAAACAGAGGUGCUGGGUCUACAGUCACUGCAAACCAUCACUUAGGGAAAACGCUACCAGCCCAAGUGGGUAACGUUACUACACUAGUACAGCAGCAGCAACAACAACAAGGACAACAUAAAGCUGGGAUGCACCAGGAGAUGAACUCUAACGAAAUUAGCUCAGAGAAAACUGUUACAUCUUCUUCGCUGAGUUCUAUUCCGUCCUUUGAGGAAGCUUCCACCACUUCAGGGACCGGGGUAAACGCUACCAAGAGCGGUUUGCAAUCGCAUGGAACAUCAUCUAUCACAACAGUACCUGCAUCUGGUGGUGUAGCAACUUCUCCGCUUGUCAACAGCAGCAGCAUCAUCAGCAGCACCACCACCAGCCGAGGUUCCGCUCUGGCUUCAGGUCAGACAUCAACAGACAGUGUCGAUCAUCCAAGAAAACGCAUAACUGCAUCGUUACGGAGUGCAUUGGCGGGAAUACAGAGUUUGAACGGUACCGGAGGAGCGGCAACGUCAAGGAAUAAUCCCCCUGCGGCGGGAACUGAUGCGUUGAUUAAUAACGUUGGCACUGUGUCUAGCAGUGCAAGUGCAGCAAACUCAAGUCGGACCGUUGACGUUACAUCUUGUGUAAAUACGACGAAUUUCACUUUAUCUAGCUCCAGCAUUUCCUCAACUCAAUCAGCGAUUCCCCUGGAUAAGGGGACUCCUACUAUUGCUUUGCAAAGACUACCAAGUCACAUUGUAGCGAGCAUCGCACAUAAUGGAAAUGGCACUACCGUCUCGGCCUUGGUUAAACAAGGCGCGAUAGGACCGAUCACAUCUGCAGCAGCUUCGCAAGUGAACCACAAAAAAGAGGGUUCUGAAGCGAAGUCGGACGCUCCCGUGCAGUCCAAAAUAGUAAUGUCCAGUCCUUUAGGUGUUGUCAAUUCCGUAAUAAGCUCUGUUUCCUCUCCCUCUGCUGUUUUCAACCUAGCAGCGACUUCUACUGCAAGUCUUGUCAUGGCAAAGCCUGCUGUCAAUGUUGUUGGACAAACUGUCACUACAACGGUUGGAAUGGUAAGGCCAGCGUCACCGUCUGUGGCCACAGCUACACAGCCUCUGCUUCAACUGGGAGUCCAAGCAGCUCAAAGGAUUGUUGCCCCCCAGCUGAUUGUCAGACCCCCCCAACAACAACAGACGACCAUUCAACUGCCACCUGGGUUUACCAUCCCACCGGGAAUGGUGUUGGUGCGCACUGAGAUGGGUCAGCUGGUGAUGGUCCCACAGCAGGCCCUUGCCCAGGCACAGGCCCAAGCCCAGGCCCAGGCCCAGAACAACAUCUCCCCCAGAACUGCCACACCCACUGCAGGGGCCACCUUCAGAGCAACUACCCCACAGAAGGGCCCCAUGGCGCUGGCUGUGGCAGUGACGACUCCCCAACAGGCCCCCGUGGUGAUGGCCCCCCAGGCCCAGGUCCAGGCUGGGGCCCAGGCUGCCUCGCAGCCAGCCCUGCCCCAGCAGACCAGCGCCCUUGUAGCCCCAGGAGCCUCUGUAGUCUCCCAGGAGAUGCAGGAGAAUGUGAAGAAGUGUAAGAACUUCUUGGCCACCCUGAUAAAGCUGGCUUCCCACAACUCUCCGUCACCUGAGACCUCCAAAAAUGUCAAGUCACUGGUCCAGGAUCUACUGGAUGCUAAGAUUGAGCCUGAGGAGUUCACCAACAGACUGCAGUCAGAGCUCAAGUCGUCUCCUCAGCCCUACCUGGUCCCCUUCCUCAAGAAAAGCCUCCCGGCCCUGCGGCUGUCUCUGCUCAACAUUCAGCAUUCCCUGAUCCAGCCUCUGCCGCAGGCCAAAGCCACCCCCACCACAGGCACCAGCUCUGCCAUCAUGGCCGGCCCAGCUGUCCGCGGCCGCCUCCCCAACAGCGUCAGCACCACGGGGGCCAGUGUCGGGGCCCAGGGACACACAGCUGCCCUGGGUAUCAAGCAAGCGGGCACCGCUGGUUGCCAGGUCAGGAUGCCCAUGAUGAUCACACCAUUAAGAACACAAGGCACUGUCAGCAAGGGAGCCACGUUCCAAGCAGGCAAAAGUCCUGUGGGUUUUGCCGUUAAGGGCUCUGGAAAUCAGAAAAACAAGCUGAACGAUCCCGGAGGCGGUUCUUUCAGGGAUGAUGAUGACAUUAACGAUGUGGCGUCCAUGGCGGGGGUGAACCUGAAUGAAGAGAGCGCUCGUAUCCUGGCCACCAACUCUGAGCUGGUGGGAACACACAUCCGCUCCUGUAAAGAUGAGGCCUUCCUUCACCCGGGCCUGUUACACAGACGCAUCCUGGAGACAGCUAAGAAGUUUGGCGUGUCAGAGGUUCCUAUGGAGGCUGUGAACUUCAUCUCCCACGCUACCCAGUCCCGACUCCGCACUGUGCUGGAGAAGGUCUCCUCCAUCGCACAGCACAGGAUGGACGGCGGUAAAGAUGAGGAGGGGUAUGAGCAGUCAGCAGACGUGCGGUCGCAGCUAAAGUUCUUUGAGCAGCUGGAGAGGAUAGAGAAGCAGAGGAAGGAUGAACAGGAGAGAGAGAUCCUACUCAAAGCAGCUAAAAGUCGCUCCAGGCAAGAGGACCCAGAGCAGGCUCGGCUGAAACAAAAAGCUAAGGAGAUGCAGCAACAGGAGAUUGCCCUGGUGAGGCAACGAGACGCAAACCUGACCGCGCUAGCUGCCAUCGGACCUCGGAAGAAACGCAAGAUGGACUCGCCAGGGGCCACGCCGUCAGGUACCGAGGUAUCAGGCAGCUCAGUGGGGUCGCCGGGUGCCGCCUCCUCCCCCUCCACGUCGUCACAGCGGCAACGUCAACGCAUCACCCGCGUCAACCUCAGGGACUUCAUCUUCUACAUGGAGCAGGAGAAAGAGACAGCCCACUCACUUCUGCUCUACCGGGCUCUGCUCAAGUAGCACCCUCUCCCUUCCAGCACCCUCCUCUCUCUCCCUUACCAUCUCCUUCUACCCCUGCAACGUGCCUUCAAUCGGGUCAGAUGUUUCAGCUCAGUGUCUGUGUUGUGAUGUUGAUAUUAAUGUAGCUUUUGAUAUAAAGGCUAGAGAAAAAACAAAUAAAAUGUAUUGUAUGUGUCUUUAUCUGUUUUAGUUUCAUGAUAAAUACACUGAGUACCAAACAUUAAGAGCACCUUCCUAAUAUUGCCCUUUUGCCCCCAGACCAACUCAGUUUGUCGGGGUAUUGACUCUACAAGGAGUCGAAAGUAUUCCACAGGGAUGCUGGCCCAUGUUGACUCCAAUGCUUCCCACAGUUGUCAAGCUGGCUGGAUGUCCUUUUGGUGGUGGACCA